AUGGCCUUCUCGGUCGUCGCCAAGCGCUUCCUCAACGUCUGGAACUUCCUCGUGCUCACCGACACGCGCGCCGUCCCGUCGCUCGGCUACGUGGCGUCGGCCAUCUGCGCCGGCCUCCUCGUCUUGCUCUCGGGCCUCGGGCUCUACGGCCUGCGCCAGCACCGCCACUGCGUCACGACCGGACAGCGCAACGUUGCGCUGGGCAGUUAUGUGCUGCUCGGCUUUGGCGCAGGCGUCGUCUUGACGCUGGCCGGGACCAUUGGCCUCACGCUCAACAGCGCGAUCCGCGAUGCCCGCGCCAACGACUUUGCCGAUGCGCGCGUUGCGUACUUGGAAACAGCCAUGAUCGAGAACCUGCACACGUAUGCGUCCAUGUCGCCCACCGGGUGGCAAGAGAUGCAGAACGCGUGGUUCUGCUGCGGCUACUACAACGUGUCAGCGAUUGAUGUGCACAUUGGCCUCGACGAAGCGGCCCACGCGCGCAGCCUCAACCGCAUUGCCGGCAUCUACUGCGGCACGACCAACUGCACGGCGAACGCGUCUCCGUGCCCGCAGCGCAACCAAGUGUGGUGCAGAGACGUCUUUCUCCAGAACGCAGCGACCAACAACGUCUACAUUGGCUGGACAUCGCUGGCCGCCGGCGUGGCCCAGCUCUUUGGCUUCGUCCUCGGCGUGCACAUCCUCAUGUGCGAUGUCCGAAUGCUCCAGCAACGGUCUUCGCGCAUGCUCGCGGCGUUCAUCAAGGCGUAGUCCGCUUGCAUGUAAU